AUGACCCGCAGCUUUUGGUUGCUCGCUGUCGUCCUGUGCUUGGCACAGGCGGCUACCGCUAGCUCGCCUUCUUCGUGUUACCGGACGUCCAACUACUUCCGGACGCAUUUCAACGACACCAGCUACGUAUUGGAACAACCAGCUAUAUCAAGCGCUUACUUACAAGUGUGUGGGAAAUCACAAGAGACAUGUUGUCACGAAAACUCCGAACCACAACUGGUGACUGUCGGCAGAAGUAUGUACGACGACAAACUGCAGACUUCGUUAAAAACCCUAAGCGGCAUGUACAAAGAGAAAGCUGCGAAAUUCGAUGAGUACUUCAAGGAUAUGCUGAACAAGGCCAGAAUGGGUUUCCACGACAUGUUCAAAAAGACGUACGGAAUGAUGUACGAACAGAACUCGUACCUGUUCCAGGAUCUGUUCCGGGACCUGGAAAAGUAUUACGACGCUGGAAACACGAACAUCGUCGAGGUGUUGGAAAACUUCUUCUCCGUGCUUUGCCAGAAAAUGUUCACAGUCAUGAACAGCCAGUUUACGUUCGACGCAAAGUAUUUGGUGUGCGUCAGCGAGAGCAUGUCGGAGGUAGCGCCCUUUGGCGACGUGCCCGACAAACUUUCGGCGCCGCUGAAAAGGUCAUUUGUCGCUUCCAGAACGUACGUCCAGGCACUGAAAAUAGCCGGUGACAUUUUGGCCAACAUCAACAAGAUGGCGCCUACUCAAGAAUGUUUGGUCGGUUUCUCCAGAAUGACUCAAUGCCCGGCUUGCAGAGGACUGCAGGACAGCAAAGCCUGUAACGGAUAUUGUCUGAACGUCAUGAAGGGAUGUCUGGCGUACCACUCGCAACUCGAUCAAGACUGGAACGCGUUUUUGGAUAUCAUGGAGAAGGUUAAAAAGCGUCUUCUAGGGCCGUUCAACAUCGAACUGGUCGUUAUACCGAUCAAUGUGAAGAUAUCUGAAGGAAUAAUGAACUUCCAAGAGAAUUCUCAGAAUGUUUCGCAAAAGGUGUUCUCCAAUUGCGGUAAACCGACGUUGGGUCCAUCGCGUAGGCGCCGUCGCCGCGACGUGUUGUACAACGGCGACGACUACUACGACUACCAACAAGGACGGGCCAGAACGAGAAAAAAGAAACGUCCGGAAGAGGGCGGAGAACGGAAGAAGCAGCAACAGCAGCCGCAGAGAAAGAAAAAAAAACACACAACGGCCCGAAGAACGGUGCCGGCGGUGGAGGAAACAAGAACAGGGAAAAAAGAACAACAGAACAACGGUCUCGAAGACGAGGAAGAAGACCAAGGAGGUCCUGCUUUCGCGUUCCACAGACUGCUCAAGGACAUCGGCACCCAUGUGUCUUCCACGAAAAACUUCUGGAAGAGGUUGCCGUAUGAGGUGUGCAACAAUGAUGUAGCCGUGAUCGAGACUGUCCAGAACUCCAGUUGCUGGAAUGGAUCUGCAUUGGCCAGUUACGGCAAGGAGGUGAUGAGGGACGGCCUCAAAAACCAGAAGAGGAAUCCUGAGGUGCCGGUGGACGUAACACGACCGAGCAGCCUGCUCAACGAACAGGUGUACGCACUCAGGGCACUGAUCAACCUUCUGAAGAAUGCGUACCAAGGGCUGGACGUAGAGUGGGACAUGGAAGAGGUGUUCCACGGCGGCGAGUCGAGUGGCGCCGGAGCGAUAGCGUCGUCAGGCGACGGUUCCGGCGACGAGGAUUCAGACUCCAGCGGCGGCUACAUGUCCUCCACUUCUCCUCCGCCGCCACCACCGGUGGGCGGAAAUGGCGCGGCCACGACGGCCAUCAACGCGGCUGGUACGACGACGCCCUCGCCGACGCGAACGGCCACAGACCCGUCCGAUGGAGGCUCGGAUUCGGGAUCGAGCGCCGGCCACAAGGUCAAACCGACGCUCCAAAAGGCGCUGGCCACGUACCUGUUGCCGGUGGUGGCCGUCUGGUUCGGCGGCUCGUUCCUCGAGUGGAUUCUGUGA